AUGGCCAAUAAACCUGUUAGACUUCCCCCAUUACCAAGACUACGUGUCAAGAAACCAGUUUCUCAAACACAAGCUAACCCUUGUGUUGUUGUGAUGUCAACUUUAUUGAAUUGUUGGUCUUCAAAUGGUGAAGGUGCAGCUGAGUGUAAACAAUUAGAAAGCAGUUUGAAAGAGUGCAUGGAAAUAAAUAAAAAACCAGUUGUUGUCAAAUCAUCAAUCAAUUACCAUGCUUCUCGUCUAUAUCCAAAGAUCAAUGGUAAACCUCAUGAUUAG